AUGGGCAGUGAAGAAGAAAGAAGCAGACCCGGAAAUUCUUUUGCUGGAUUAUCUAACUUGCAAAUGCGAGCUCUCAAUGAUUCUAUGUCUAACUUGUUGAAUACAGGUUUGGAGGCGAUCCAUCUUAGGCUGGAUGAACUUCAGGGCCGACCAGCUCAGUCCCAAACCAGAACCAGGCGUGACCGCCCAAGGAGACACAGCCGGUCCGACCUUGAGAUCCGAGAUGAGUCCUAUGAUGAUGAUCAGUCCAUCAACCGACCAAGGAGAGCUCCUAGACAACAAAACCAAGGUGAUGUCAAUCCAUUUGGUAGAAAUGAAAGAACUGAUAAUGGAUUGGGUGGUUUGAAAUUGAAAAUUCCAAGUUUUAAUGGCAAGAAUGAUCCGGAUGCAUUUCUUGAAUGGGAAAGAAAGAUUGAACUUGUUUUUGAUUGUCAAAACUUUUCUGAUAUUAAAAAGGUUAGACUUGCUGCUGCUGAGUUUACUGGCUAUGCUAUUAACUGGUAUGAUCAAGUUGUGACUAGCAGGAGAAGAGCAGGUGUGGCGCCAGUUGUUACAUGGGAUGAGCUUUCCAUGCUGAUGCGGAGACGCUUUGUUCCCGACCAUUACCACAGAGAUCUACACCAUAAACUCAGGCGUUUGCUUCAAGGUUCUAAGUCAGUUGAGGACUACCACCAGGAGAUGGAGACCUUGAUGAUCAAGGCUGAUGUAGACGAGCCCUUAGACGCCACCAUGGCUAGGUUUCUCACCGGGCUCAACCGGGACAUACAAGACCGCAUGGAGCUGGAAGACUAUGACAGCAUGGAACAGAUGCUACACAAGGCCGUGCUGAUUGAACAACAACUCAAGAGAAAAGGUCUCUCCAAACCGACCUUUGCUUCAAAACCAACCUUUGCUUCAAAGCCAAACUAUCAAGACAAGGGUAAGUCUUCUUCCACAACAAAUAAUGCUUUUAAGACUGAUGUCCCUGCUCGUUUUGACAAAGGAAAAGCAGUUGAGAAUCCUAGCCGUGCAAGAGACAUCAGGUGCUUCAAGUGUCAAGGCCUUGGCCACUAUGCCAACCGAUGUCCAAACCAAAAGGUGAUGGUGCUCUUGGAGAAUGGAGAAGUUGAAUCUGAAGAAGACAAGGAGGAUCUCGGACCAGUUUAUGAUACUGAUGAUGAGGAAGAAGCACUUGACUUCCCAGUUCAUGGCCCCCUUCUUGUUGCUAGAAAGACUUUGGACGACACAUUUGAUCCCAUCUUUGAUGAGGAGGCCGUUGGCGUGAUUGAUGAGUUUUGCUCGACCUUUGUGGAGAGCCCUGGUCCGAUCUAUGAUGAGGAUGUUCUUGAUGAGCCAAGCCAAGGUUCCCUACUGGUUACUAGGCGUACCUUGAGUGUCCAACCCAAAUCCAAUGAAAAAGAACAAAGGGAGAAUCUCUUUCACUCUAGAUGUCUCAUUUCUGAUAAAGUUUGUUCUUUGAUUAUUGAUGGAGGCAGUUGCACUAAUGUGGCCAGUGACACUCUUGUAAAGAAACUUGGGCUUGUUACUCGACCUCUUUCUCGUCCUUUCAGGUUAGAGUGGCUUAAUGAGGCUGGAGAACAGUAUGUGAAGGAGCAAGUUACAGUUCCACUCUCCAUUGGCCGAUAUGAGGAUGAGGUUGUGUGUAAUGUGCUUCCCAUGGAUGCUUGCCAUGUUCUCUUGGGCCGACCUUGGCAAUUUGACAAGAAGGCAGUACAUGAUGGCUUCACAAACAGGCACUCGUUUGAUCACAAAGGAAAGAAGAUCACUUUGGUGCCUUUGUCACCUUCGGAAGUCCAUCUAGACCAGGUCCAACUUAGGAAGAACCGAGACCAAGACUCUAAGGCUGAUAAACCUGAGACAAGUACCAGAAACUCCAACUUCUUUGUCAAAGAAAGUCAG